AUGCAAAAGCUUGAUGAGCUUCUGGAUAUAGAAGACGUGAAAUGGAAGCAGCGGGCUAAGCAACAUUGGAAUAAGUUUGGGGACAGGAACACUUUCUUCUUCCAUGCCUAUGCGUCAAAUAGGCAUGAAACUAACACAAUUAGAGGUCUUUAUAAUUCUGAUGGCUCAUGGUAUGAAAAUCUGAAGGACAACGAGGCAAUAAUCCUUGAUCAUUUUCGCAAACUUUUUGCCCAUUCAAAUCAAUUAGAGAGGGGUUUACAAAUUGUCUUAGAACGUAUCCGAGCCAAGGUAACACUAGAGAUGAAUAAGCGCCUUCUCGAGACUUUCACGAUAAAAAAGGUAACAAAAGCACUCUCUCAAAUGCAUCCUUACAAAUCUCCUGGUCUUGUUUCGUCUAAAGUGGUUGCAAAUAGGAUUAAGUCUUUGUUACCGAACAUUAUUUCCUCAUCCCAGCUUGCUUUUAUCUCGGGACAGUUGAUCACUGAUAAUGUUUUAGUUUCACAUGAAUUGCAUCACUUCAUUAAACCUAAGUACAGAGGGAGAGACGGCUUGAUAUCUAUUAAGUUAGACAUGAGGAAAGCUUUUGACAGAAUCGAAUGGAAUUUCCUUAUUCGAGUUGGAUCUUUACUCCCGCAGAGGGGACUUAAGCAAGGUGAUCCUCUUUCACCUUAUCUAUUUAUUAUUUGUACAGAGGCCUUUUCCUGUCUCCAGCAGGAAUUCUCAAGAUGUGGAAAGUUGAAAGGAAUCACAAUCAACGCACAAGCUCCAUCAAUAUCGCAUCUUCUGUUUGCUAACGAUACCCUUCUUUUUGGUAGAGCCUCUCUAGAGGAAGCUGCCAACUUCCAACAGGUCAUCCAACUAUACGAAAAAGCUUCUGGACAGUGUGUCAAUUUUGACAAAUCUACAAUUACUUUUAGUACCAAUGCAACACAGGAUAUUAGAACUGUAAUUUCCCAACUCCUACAUAUGCCAAUAGUUGAAUUGCACGAGAAAUAUUUGGGACUUCCGUUAGUAAUUGGUAGGUCCAAAUCUCAAAUUUUUACAUCUAUAAAGGAUCGUGUCUGGCAGCGUUUGCAGAGCUGGAAGGAGAAGAGCUUGUCUCGAGCGAAUUUUCUUCACGCGUGGUUGGGAUAUCGUCCUUCAUUCACAUGGAGAGGAAUUCUUGAAGGUCGGAAAGCCCUAAACAUUGGUUGUAGACUACAAGUUGGUUCAGACCUUAUCCAUCAAGAUCUCCGCAGCUGGAACACAGCCUUGAUCGAUGAAAUAUUCUGGGAAGAGGAAGCUUCUUUGAUAAAGAGCUUGCCUCUUUCCAAAUAUUUGACAAAAGACAGAUGGCUUUGGCACCAUACAAAGAAUGGCAAGUUCUUGGUUCGAAGUGCUUAUCAUGCAAUAAUGGAUUCAUACAUCCUUGAUGUUCGUCAGACGGCACAAGCGUCUUCUAGCUCUGGUAAUGAUGUAGUUUGGAAGAAGAUUUGGUCGCUUGAUAUCCCUAACAAGAAGAAGUACUUCCUUUGGCGUAUUUGUCACAAUUCUUUACCUACACCAGACAAUCUCCAAAAACGAAGGAUACCUGUGGAGAACAAAUGUUUGGUGUGCAAUGGACCAUCUGGUGACUUAUCCCAUCUUCUUUUUGAAUGUCCAGUCUCCGUUCAAAUAUGGGCGCUUAGCUUCUUGGCGAGGAAAAUCCGGGCAUGUUGUCAAUCCUUUGCAAAUGCUUGGGUAAAGGAGAUUCUUGGGACCUUACCACCUAAGGAUUGCGAGGAUUUUGCUGUUCUCAGUUAUGAAAUUUGUGGCAACAGAAAUAACGCUUUCUUUAAUGGUACGAUUCGGGACCCCUUAACUUUGGUUAGCUAUACUCUUAACAGUCAGGCAGCCUUUCGAGAGGCCAACCUCUAG